CAGUUCACAUUGAAACACUUACGCGACUGGACGCUUAUUGUUAUAGCGUUGCAAUUAAUUCGACAGUGUUUUCUUAAAGUUAGAAUCAAAGAUUAAAUCACUAGAGAUCAAAAAUGAGCGUGAAUUUGAUAUUUUUCGUGUUUUUCGCAUUAGUUUGUUCAGAAAAAUGGAUCAGUGCAUUUGAUUAUAAAAUACAUGACACUGGGACAUUCGACCAUAUGGAUUUUAUUAUCAUAGGAGCUGGAACAGGUGGUUGCGUGAUGGCCAAUAGGCUGAGUGAAAAUCCCAAAUGGAAAGUGUUGCUAUUGGAAGUUGGUGACGAAGAAUCGGAUCUCUUAAAUUCCAUCCCAUUAACAAGUGCCAUUUCAUUGGCCACAAAAUACAAUUGGGGAUAUCAAACUGAACGAGCGAAAAAAGCGUGUCUACACUUGAUUGAUGGCGUGUGUCAUUGGCCGAAAGGAAGAGCUCUUGGAGGAACUAGUGUUAUAAAUUUAAUGGUUUUCAAUCGAGGCCAUCGCGAUGACUUCGAUGGUUGGGCUCGAGCUGGAAACGAUGGAUGGAGCUACGACGAAGUGCUACCAUAUUUCAAGAAAUUCGAACGAAUUGGAAUCGAAGAAUUGAAGUCGUCAAAAUAUCGUGGAACAGAGGGAAACGUUGACAUUCAGCAUCCCGCCUAUCGAAGCAAAUUGCUAGACUUAUUCCUACAGGCGGGAAAAGAUUUGGGAUACAAAGUGAAUGAUCCAAAUGGCAAGGAUAUGUUGGGUUUUUCACAAGUUCAAACAUUUACCCGGAAUGGAAAACGUUUAUCAGCAGCCAAAGCUUACAUAACACCUAUCAAAAAACGAGAAAAUCUCUUCGUAUCGAUGCGCAGUUGGGUGACUCGAAUUCUUAUUGAUCCGGAAACAAAAGUAGCCUAUGGUGUUGAAUUUGUCAAAAAUCGACAGCGAUAUCGAGUUAAUGCCACUAAAGAAGUGAUAUUAUCGGCGGGAGUUAUCGCAUCACCUCAACUUCUGAUGCUGUCUGGCAUUGGACCAGCAGAACACUUACAGAAACAUCAAAUACCCGUCGUUCAAAAUUUGAAUGUUGGAUACAACCUACAAGAUCAUGUCGGUUUAAUUGGACUAGCAUUUCUUGUUAAUGAUUCGGUGACAAUAAGCGAAACAAGUGUAGAGGGAUUAACGGCUCCAUACAGAUACUUCGUUUAUGGAGAUGGACCGUUUACUCUACCUGGCGCUGAAGGCUUGGCAUUUGUUAAGACACCAAACUCCACCUUAGCUAAAGAUUAUCCCGACAUUGAACUUGUGUUUGCGCCUGGAGCUUUGAAUGGAUAUUUAAAUGGAGCAGCAUCCAGGGUUAUGGGGCUAUCAAGCGAAUUCGUGGAUGCUGUUUAUGGUGAUAUCAAGGGUGCAAGUGCAUUUAGUCUAGUGCCCAUAUUAAUGCGACCGAAAAGUCGAGGUAGAAUCAGUUUGAAAAGCACAAACCCAUUUCAAUGGCCCAAAUGGAACCGAAUUACUUUGAGCAUCCCGAUGAUCUCAAGACUCUUGUUUCCGGAGCGAAAUUGGCACACAAAUUGGGCGAAUCUACAAGCUUUCAGCGAUACAACAGCAAACUGAAUCCACGGCCAUUUUUGGGCUGUAAAAAGCAUGCAUUUGGUUCAAGAUUGUAUUGGAAAUGCUGCAUCCAGGGCUACACAAGCUCAAUACAACACCAAGUUGGUACAUGUAAAAUGGGCCCUUCAACAGAUACGGGAGCCGUUGUGAAUUCAAAGUUACAAGUGCAUGGUGUGGGUCAUUUAAGAGUCGUCGAUGCCUCAAUCAUGCCAGACAUUCCGGCGGCGCAUACGAACGCUGCUACGUUUAUGGUUGGUGAAAAGGCUGCCGAUAUGGUUAAAGAAACCUGGUCUUAAUCGACAUUAUUCAAACCAUUGUAAACAAUGAUUUGCAUUUCACAUUCA